UUUCAGAUCUCUGACAUCUACAUCAGCGGAGAGUCUGGGGACAUGUCUGCUAAAGAAAAGCUGCUUUUGUGGUCACAGAAAGUAACGGCUGUUUACGUGGGACUCAAGUGCACCAACUUCUCUUCCUGUUGGAGUGACGGGAAGAUGUUCAAUGCUGUCAUCCAUAGAUAUCGACCAGAUCUUGUGGACAUGGAGAGAGUUUAUAUUCAAAGCAACCGAGAGAACCUGGAGCAGGCCUUUGAGAUUGCUGAACGGCUUGGUGUCACCAGGUUGCUGGAUGCAGAAGAUGUUGAUGUCCCUUCACCAGAUGAAAAAUCUGUAAUCACUUACGUGUCUUCAAUUUAUGAUGCCUUCCCCAAAGUCCCCGAGGGAGGAGAAGGAAUUAGUGCCACUGAAGUGGACACAAAAUGGUUAGAAUAUCACACCUGUGUAGAAACACUCAUCAGCUGGAUCAAGCAGCAUACGAUACAGAUGUGUGACAAAUCUUUUCCCCAAAACCCUGUAAAGCUCAAGGCACUUUAUAACCAGUAUAUCCAUUUUAAAGAAACAGAAAUCCCAAGAAAACAGUUAGAAAAAAGAAGCAUUGAAGAGUUAUACAAAUUGCUGGAGGUCUGGAUUGAAUUUGGACGCCUGAAGCUGCCGCAGGGCUACCAUCCCAACGACGUAGAGGAAGAGUGGGGAAAGCUGAUCAUAGAGAUGCUGGAGCGUGAGAAGCUUCUACGACCAGCUGUGGAAAGACUGGAGCUGCUGCUGCAGAGAGCAAACAAGAUUCAGAAUGGGACCCUCAGCUGUGAGGAAAAACUCACCUUGGCAAGGAACACACUGCAGGCAGAGGAAGCCCAAUUGGAGUCGGGCCAGCCAGUGCAGUAUGAAUCCGAUGUCAUCAUGUACCUCCAGGAGUGUGAGGGACUCCUCCGACAGCUGCAGAUGGAUGUUCAGAUACUCCGGGAUGAGAACUAUUACCAGGUGGAGGAGCUGGUCUUCAAGAUUGUGCGGCUUCAAGAUGAAUUGGUAACUUUGAGGCUGGAGUGUACCAAUCUUUACCGGAAAGGUCACUUCUCCUCCCCCUCCUCCUUGGACUUGGCACAGCCUUCCUCCUUGAGCACUAGACACUUGAAGACGGAACCUUUGCUGAAAGGAACGAUUGCCCCUCCUGCCUCUACCUCCUGGAUUCGGAAGCCAAUGCCUCGUGUGGAGUUAGUAGCCAUUUCAUCCUCUGAAGACGAGGGCAACCUCCGCUUUGUGUACGAGCUGCUCUCUUGGGUGGAAGAGAUACAGAUGAAGCUGGAGCGAUCCGAAUGGGGGAAUGACUUGCCCAGUGUGGAAGCCCAGCUGGAGGUUCAGCGCCAGGUCCACAGUAGUGUCGAAGGGAUAGGCUCCAGCGUGAAGGAGGCCAGGAUGUACGAGGGUAAAAUGUCUUCAAAUUUCCGUGCUAGCUACACUGAAACCCUGGGGAAACUGGAGACGCAGUACUGCAAACUGAUGGUGAGUAUCUUUGGCAGAUUUCUUUCCAGGGCCAAAAGGAUGUCUGAAGAUGUUUUGCAAAUUCCUAAACUUUUUGAAGCCCUAACAGAAGUGCCAGUGCCAAUAGAGGAGAAUCUCUGUAGCUCAAGGUUGAGCUAUGGGGAUUCUGGAUGAUGUUGCAUGGCUGGGAAAUAGCGGAGCUCCGCCGGGCUCCAUAAAAUGCAGUCAGCAACUGCUUGCUGGGAGACCCUAUGAGGUUAAUCCUCCCUGGAGAGGAGGUGAAGAAAGGAAAGGGGCUUCUUCAAGGAAACCACAAUUUCCUCAUUGAUCCAAAGAAAGUUCUCCUGAACAGCAGCAGGGACGACGUCCAUUUUUGGUCAGUCACAAGCUUUGACAACUGGGACAUUAAGCUCUUAUGCUGGAGCAGUGAAACUGGGUGAGAAAAUUUCCAACUGUUACCUUAGAGAAUUAACCUAAGUUAAAAGUUCCAAAAAUGAUCUCUAAAUGUUAAAAAAAUGGCGAUUGGAUUUAUGGAGAAAGAUUAAAGAUUAAAAAUAAAGAGGAAGAUUAAAGAUUCAGAAGUAAAAGAAAAGGAUGAUUUAAAACACAGAAAGCCUGGAAACAACAUUGUGAAAAGUGUCUAUUGGGAGAAAUUGUUUUUUUUUUUUUUUUACUCUAAAAUUUCCACGAAGCUUUUUAAAUUUCUACCUCUCCUGAUUGGAUGACAAUCAACUGUUUCUGAUUUUUGCACUGUGGAACCCUGGAAUUGGGAGCAGGGGAGCCAUCUACUGGAUGAAGAAGAUUACUGCAAUGUGUAAAAUUCAAAAGAAAGUGGUGAGAGAAUUAAACAACAUCUGGAAAGCUACUUGACCCUGACUUUUAUUUUUUUUUUAUUUUAUU